AUGAGUAACACGGCUAAUGAUCCAUUCGACUCUGACAAAAUGGCAGUUGAGUUCAAUAUGCAAUUCGCUGACACGCCUCUCUCUGUCGGGCAGUCACUUCUGUUUAAGUUCUCUGGCAAAAUUUUCAUCGUUGAAGUCAGAAGGCUUGCGCCUUUAAUGCUCAGUGGAGGCGAUUCAGAUGUUAAG